AUGCUAACACUACUCCUACGUAAUAGCGUCGUCUGUGUGCGGCAACCCAACUGCUCCAAUGUUGGCGGUGCGGUGCGUCAAUUCCGAGUGACGAUUCGCCAAGAGGCACAGCUACCCAACUUGUCAGCAUACGAUGUCAAUUUAAUUUUGCGUGAGAACGAAUAUCUGCAAACAUUUCCUGAAGAUGACAGCAUUGUAAGAAGCUACGAGUCUAAUCAAUUGAGUUCAAAUAAACCUUGUGAAGAUUCUCGUACUGAAGCUACGUUUUUGCAUAAAAGUGGGUUUAUAUGUGGAGUAUUUGAUGGCCAUGGCGGACCUGCUUGCUCACAGGUUAUUUCCAAACGUUUGUUGCGGUAUGUUGCUGCCGGUGUCAUAGAUAGAAGGACAUUAAAAGAAGUGAUUGCCAAAGACUAUAACAGCCAAUCUUUCCUAAAGUGCCAUAAUGAUAAGGCGGACUUCGUAGCCGAAAUUAAAAAUAUUUACGAGCAUAGUUUUAAAGAUUACGUUCACACAAUUUCUAGUCAAGCGGUAGAAGAUAUCGCAUUAGAAAUCACAAACGCUUUUAUGCGCUUAGAUGAGGAUUUGUCAAGGGAAGCACUAAAUCACACAAAUAUGAGAACGAUGUCUGUUGCCAUGUCAGGCGCUGUUGCUUGUGUAGCUCAUAUUGAUCAUUUAAAUUUGCAUGUUGCCAGCACUGGUGAUUGUGGAGCAGUUCUGGGGAUACAAUGUCCGGAAACUGGACAAUGGCAGUCGAAAAAGAUGAACAACGAACACAAUUCCGAUAAUCUUAAGGAGGUGCAACGAAUCUUAGGAGAGCAUCCCAAAGAGGAGCAAGAUACGGCUAUACGCAAUGAGCGAUUGCUAGGACAAUUGGCACCAUUACGUGCUCUUGGAGACUUCCGUUAUAAGUGGAGCAACGAAAUAAUGGAUCAAUAUGUCGUUCCUACAUUUGGCGAACACGCUGUUCCACCGCAUUAUUAUACACCACCGUAUUUAACAGCGCUACCAGAGGUACAACAUCAUGUAUUAGGGCCGAGCGAUAAAUUUUUAGUUAUUGCUAGCGACGGUUUGUGGGAUUUUAUAACGCCGUCAGAGGUAGUAAGUUUAGUUGGAGAACACUUAAAUUCCAAGAAGGUGCUGGAGCCCAUGAAGUUACCAACUGGGGAUGUUACGUUACUAGAAGUGUCCAGAUUGUUAGCGGAACGAAAGGCUGGCCGUGCUAGAAAACCAUUGGAUCAGAACUCUGCAACACAUUUAAUACGCAAUGCUUUGGGUGGCACCGAUUACGGUAUUGAGCAUUCGAAAAUCGCUUAUUAUCUAUCGUUACCUCAGGAUGUGGUGCGUUUAUAUCGUGAUGAUAUAACGAUAACAGUUAUCUAUUUUAAUUCCGAAUACAUAACGAAACUUAGUGAAAAUACAUAGAUUACAUACAUCAACGCAACAUAUUUACUGUUUAACCAAACGCCAAGCCAUCCCUACUUCCGCCUUUACGUUUGUAUAAUAUUGCUUAUGAUUAGAAGAGUUCUUUGUUCCUUGUAAAUUCCUAUAAAUUAUUUUAAGUCUUAGCCAUAACCACUGAAUAUCAAGCACUCUUAAUUUGUAUGCUUUACAUCGCUUUUUGUCGGUAUCUAUUGAAUGUUAUUGAUAAACUGUAAUUUCUUUUACAAAAUUUCAAUUUCAUUAUUUUAGUUUUAAGUUAAAUUGUGAAUAUAGAGCGGUAUAAUUUUGGUUAAUGAUAUCGUAAAUGGGUACCAGUAAAAUGCUGAAAACUAUAAAUAAAAGCAAAAGAUUCAGUCCAAUAAUAAAACAACACUGAUAUUGUAUUUAGUUUUAGAUCAAGUUAUGGAACAAUUAGUUUCUUGUGAGAUAUAAAUAAUAAAAGUCCUUGCGC